AAUUUAUCAGAUUCUCAGAGAGUCUCUCAGAUCGUGUUUUGCUUCACCAGAGAAGAUCGAAGAAGAAGAAGAAGACGAGAGAGAGAUAAUUAGGGCUUAGAAUGGCGGAGGAUCUAGUUCUGGAUACGGCGAUCAGAGAUUGGGUUUUGAUUCCACUCUCUGUUGUGAUGGUUCUCAUCGGUAUUUUGAGAUACUUUGUCUCUAAGCUUAUGCGAUCUUCUCCAACACCUGAUGCUAAGAUGGUUAAAGAAGGGCAAGUUGUUAUUAGAGCUCGGAAUCUUAAAGUUGGUGCUAAUUUUAUCCCGCCGAGAUCAUUCCGUACUCGGAGAUUCUACUUUAGCAAUGAGGAGAAUGGUUUGCUACAUGUUCCCAAGGGAGAAGCUCAAAAUCCACAAGCUGCCAUGUUUUCUGAUCCUAACAUGGCCAUGGAUAUGAUGAAGAAAAAUCUUUCAAUGAUUAUUCCUCAGACACUCACUUUUGCAUGGGUCAACUUCUUCUUCUCUGGAUUUGUUGCAGCGAAGAUACCAUUUCCACUAACUCAGAGGUUCAGAUCAAUGUUACAGAAUGGCAUUGACUUGAGCACUGUCGAUGUUAGCUACGUGAGUAGUCGUUCCUGGUACUUCUUGAACUUGUUUGGAUUAAGAGGCUUGUUCAGUCUCAUUCUCGGAGAUGAAAAUGCGAUUGAUGACACACAACGUAUGAUGCAAAUGGGUGGGUUUGGAUUUGAUGCAUCAAAGAGCCUGGGUGCAGAGAAGGAUGGUCUUGACAUAAUUCAGCACGAAUGGGCUCUACCUCGAUUUGAGCAACGCGCAGAAUCUGUAUUAAGAAAACUCGUGAAGUAGAGAGAAACACGAUAAGAUUUCCAGACACAUCUGGUUUACUUCAAACUCUGUAGAAACUUUUACUUUUACUUGAAACUUGAAACCGAGUCUUAACAGUGAUUUCUUGUGUUUCAGCUGGUAGAUUCUGCUCUGUUUCUUUUUGCUUCGUUUCUCAUUUGUUGUAACACCUCUCUAUGAAAAAUUUCUCCAUAUGGUACGA